GCGCAUGCGGAGGAGGCCGAAGCCCUUGCAUUCUGUAGCUCAGACCCAACGCCUGCACGAACUUCCGGCGCUGCUCCGUUCCGCUUCCGGGAAGAUGUACGGGCUGCUGGACGCGCUCCUCUGAGACUGUGAAGGCCGAGGAUAUCCCGGCCCGCGGGCUCCUGCUCCGCGGAGUUGGGCGGCAAGAGCUGCCUGUUAGGGGAAGUGCAUCACGUUCACCGCUGUUCCGAGGGGACCUUUCCUUUCCACUGGAGCGGAGUGAGAGUGCUGCCAUGGCGGCCCCUGCUCAGCCCAAGAAAAUCGUGGCUCCCACGGUGUCCCAGAUCAACGCGGAGUUCGUAACCCAGUUAGCAUGUAAAUACUGGGCUCCUCAUAGCAAGAAAAAAUCACCUUUUGAUAUAAAGGUCAUUGAAGAUAUAUAUGAAAAAGAGAUUGUCAAAUCAAGGUUUGCCAUCAGAAAGAUAAUGCUCUUGGAAUUUAGCCAGUAUCUUGAAAAUUACCUCUGGAUGAAUUAUUCUCCAGAGGUGUCCAGCAAGGCCUAUUUAAUGUCAAUCUGCUGUAUGGUGAAUGAGAAAUUCAGAGAAAAUGUCCCUGCAUGGGAGACUUUUAAGAAGAAGCCAGACCACUUCCCAUUUUUUUUUAAGUGUAUCUUGAAAGCAGCAUUAGCUGAAACCGAUGGUGAAUUUUCACUCCAUGAACAGACGGUCUUACUGCUUUUUCUUGAUCAUUGCUUCAAUAGUUUGGAAGUAGACUUGAUACGGAGUCAAGUACAGCAGCUUAUCUCCCUCCCAAUGUGGAUGGGCUUACAGCCUGCACGAUUGGAAUUAGAAUUAAAGAAGACACCUAAGCUAAGAAAAUUCUGGAACUUGAUUAAAAAGAAUGAUGAAAAGAUGGAUCCAGAAGCAAGAGAACAAGCCUAUCAAGAAAGAAGAUUUCUUUCACAACUCAUACAGAAGUUUAUCUCUGUGCUGAAAUCAGUGCCUCUUUCUGAACCAGUCACUAUGGACAAAGUUCAUUACUGUGAAAGAUUCAUUGAACUUAUGAUUGACCUAGAGGCCCUACUCCCCACAAGGCGCUGGUUUAAUACCAUCCUGGAUGACUCCCACCUUUUGGUUCACUGUUACCUUUCCAAUCUUGUUCACAGGGAAGAGGAUGGCCAUCUUUUUUCCCAGCUUUUGGACAUGCUAAAGUUCUAUACUGGUUUUGAGAUUAACGACCAGACUGGAAAUGCUCUGACAGAGAAUGAGAUGACCACAAUUCACUAUGACAGAAUUACUUCUCUACAGAGAGCUGCUUUUGCACAUUUCCCUGAACUCUAUGAUUUUGCCCUCUCAAAUGUGGCAGAAGUAGAUACUCGGGAAUCUUUGGUCAAGCUUUUUGGACCUCUCAGUUCAAAUACACUCCACCAGGUGGCAUCAUACCUCUGCUUGUUACCAACUCUUCCUAAAAAUGAAGACACAACUUUUGAUAAAGAAUUUCUUCUAGAAUUGCUGGUAUCUCGUCAUGAACGUCGAAUUUCUCAGAUUCAGCAGUUGAACCAGAUGCCUUUGUAUCCAACUGAGAAAAUCAUAUGGGAUGAAAAUAUUGUCCCAACUGAGUACUAUUCUGGGGAAGGUUGUCUUGCUCUUCCCAAGUUGAAUUUGCAGUUUUUGACUCUUCAUGAUUACCUCUUAAGGAAUUUUAACCUCUUCCGCUUAGAAUCAACUUACGAAAUUAGGCAGGACAUCGAGGAUAGUGUCAGCAGAAUGAAGCCAUGGCAAUCUGAGUAUGGUGGUGUAGUGUUUGGUGGUUGGGCACGAAUGGCCCAGCCUAUCGUGGCUUUCACUGUAGUUGAGGUUGCCAAGCCCAACAUAGGCGAAAACUGGCCAACCAGAGUUCGUGCGGAUGUUACCAUCAAUCUGAAUGUCAGAGAUCACAUCAAAGAUGAAUGGGAAGGUCUUCGUAAGCAUGAUGUAUGUUUUUUAAUUACUGUACGGCCCACAAAACCUUAUGGUACUAAGUUUGACCGGAGGAGACCUUUUAUUGAGCAGAUUGGCCUGGUUUAUGUGAGAGGCUGUGAAAUCCAGGGCAUGCUGGAUGAUAAAGGGCGUGUCAUUGAAGACGGACCUGAGCCAAGACCCAAUCUUAGAGGAGAGUCAAGGACAUUUAGAGUGUUCUUGGAUCCAAACCAGUAUCAACAAGAUAUGACCAAUACUAUACAAAAUGGAGCAGAAGAUGUGUAUGAAACUUUCAAUAUCAUAAUGAGGAGAAAACCAAAGGAAAAUAACUUUAAGGCUGUGCUGGAGACCAUUCGGAACCUGAUGAAUACUGAUUGUGUGGUACCUGACUGGCUGCAUGACAUCAUUUUAGGUUAUGGGGAUCCAAGUAGUGCACAUUAUUCAAAAAUGCCCAAUCAGAUUGCCACUCUUGAUUUCAAUGAUACAUUUCUCUCCAUUGAGCAUUUAAAAACCAGCUUUCCUGGUCAUAAUGUUAAAGUAACUGUGGAUGACCCAGCUCUACAGAUACCCCCUUUCAGGAUAACUUUUCCAGUAAGGAGUGGAAAAGGGAAGAAAAGGAAAGAUGCAGAUGGUGAAGAUGAAGAUACUGAAGAGGCAAAAACCUUAAUUGUUGAACCUCAUGUCAUUCCUAAUAGGGGUCCUUAUCCUUACAACCAACCCAAACGUAAUACAAUUCAGUUCACUCACACACAGAUAGAGGCUAUCCGUGCUGGAAUGCAGCCUGGGCUAACUAUGGUUGUGGGUCCACCAGGUACUGGAAAAACAGAUGUUGCAGUCCAAAUCAUAUCCAACAUCUACCAUAAUUUCCCAGAGCAGAGGACUCUGAUUGUUACUCAUUCUAAUCAGGCCCUGAACCAGUUGUUUGAGAAGAUCAUGGCUUUAGACAUUGAUGAGCGCCACCUCCUGCGUCUUGGUCAUGGGGAAGAAGAGCUGGAGACAGAGAAAGAUUUCAGCAGAUAUGGAAGAGUUAAUUAUGUCCUGGCUCGAAGAAUAGAACUUUUAGAAGAAGUCAAACGAUUACAAAAGAGUCUAGGAGUUCCAGGAGAUGCUUCAUAUACUUGUGAAACUGCAGGCUAUUUCUUCUUAUAUCAGGUCAUGUCUCGUUGGGAAGAAUAUAUUAGCAAAGUGAAAAAUAAAGGUAAUACGCUGCCAGAUGUUACGGAAGUCUCCACUUUCUUCCCUUUCCAUGAAUACUUUGCAAAUGCCCCUCAGCCCAUUUUUAAAGGCCGAUCUUAUGAAGAAGACAUGGAAAUUGCUGAAGGGUGUUUCAGGCAUAUUAAGAAAAUCUUCACUCAGCUUGAGGAAUUCAGAGCUUCUGAACUGCUUCGAAGUGGACUGGACAGAUCUAAAUACCUUCUGGUGAAAGAAGCCAAAAUCAUUGCUAUGACUUGUACUCAUGCUGCCUUAAAACGACAUGAUUUAGUCAAGCUAGGUUUCAAGUAUGACAACAUUUUAAUGGAAGAGGCUGCACAGAUCCUGGAAAUAGAAACUUUUAUACCUCUUCUUCUACAGAAUCCUCAAGAUGGUUUUAGCCGCCUGAAACGCUGGAUUAUGAUUGGUGAUCAUCACCAGUUACCUCCAGUCAUUAAGAAUAUGGCCUUUCAGAAGUAUUCAAACAUGGAGCAGUCUCUCUUCACUCGCUUUGUCCGGGUUGGAGUUCCUACUGUGGACCUUGAUGCUCAAGGGAGAGCCAGGGCAAGCUUAUGUAACCUCUACAACUGGCGAUACAAGAAUCUGGGAAACCUACCUCAUGUGCAGCUCUUGCCAGAGUUUAGUACAGCAAAUGCUGGCUUGCUUUAUGACUUCCAGCUCAUCAAUGUGGAAGAUUUUCAAGGAGUGGGAGAGUCUGAACCUAAUCCUUAUUUUUAUCAGAAUCUUGGAGAAGCAGAAUAUGUAGUGGCACUUUUUAUGUACAUGUGUUUACUUGGUUACCCUGCUGAUAAGAUUAGUAUUCUAACAACAUAUAAUGGGCAAAAGCAUCUUAUUCGUGACAUCAUCAAUAGACGAUGUGGAAGCAAUCCAUUGAUUGGAAGACCAAAUAAGGUGACAACUGUUGACAGAUUUCAAGGUCAACAGAAUGAUUAUAUUCUUCUUUCUCUAGUACGAACCAGGGCAGUGGGCCAUCUGAGGGAUGUCCGUCGCUUAGUGGUGGCCAUGUCUAGAGCCAGACUUGGACUGUAUAUCUUCGCAAGAGUAUCCCUCUUCCAAAACUGUUUUGAACUAACUCCAGCUUUCAGCCAGCUUACUGCCCGUCCACUUCAUUUGCAUAUAAUUCCGACAGAACCUUUCCCAACCAGUAGAAAGAAUGGAGAGCGACCAUCUCAUGAAGUACAGAUAAUAAAGAACAUGCCCCAGAUGGCAAACUUUGUAUACAACAUGUACAUGCAUUUGAUACAGACCACACAUCAUUAUCAUCAGACUUUAUUACAGCUACCACCUGCUAUGGUAGAAGAAGGUGAGGAAGCUCAAAGUCAGGAAACAGAGUUGGAAACAGAAGAAGAGGCCAAUCCUGCUCAGACUGACCUAUCCAGUCUGACAGAUGCCACCUCUAGUCAAGAAUCCUCAGCCUCUCAGAUUGAGACCACCUGCAGUCAGACGGAGAGCACCCCCAGUCAGACAGGAGCUAGUUCCAGUCCAGAAGCCACCCCUGCUGCAUCUGAUCUCAGUGCUACUGUGGCAGGACCUGUAGCUGUUCCAGCAGAGGCUCAGGUCCCUCAAGAUGUCACACUGGCCCCAGAAGAGACCAAGUAGCCCAACUGUGGCCUUUCUUAGGACAUUUCCUUCAUAAAGUCUAAGUAAAGCUACUUUUUGUAUUUUAUAUUUGCUUCUGCUUUUUUAGGGUACUAAUCAGUGUUCAGUUCUUAAUUUUGUUAACCGAGCUCAGUGUUUGUCUUCUUGGAUAUAUUUAAAAGAAAAUUGUAUUGCGUGUGAACUGAAAACUUCAGUUUCAUUUAUUCAGUCAGAAGGGCAAAUAGCCAUUCCUUUGAUAUUUUUAUAAUUGAAUGUAUCUGUAAUCAUACCUAUAUUAAAAGAAUUUUUUUUAAAGAUUUUAUUUAUUUAUUUGAGAGAGAGAAUGAGAUAGAGAGCAUGAGAGGGGGGAGGGUCAGAGGGAGAAGCAGACUCCCUGCUGAGCAGGGAGCCUGAUGCGGGACUCGAUCCCGGGACUCCAGGAUCAUGACCUGAGCUGAAGGCAGUCGCUUAACCAACUGAGCCACCCAGGCACCCAGAAGAAUUUCUAUAGAAUACACAAGACAUACUUUCCAUUUUCAGUGAACUUCUCUAAAGAAAAGGACAGAAUACACCGAAAUUAACUAUAGUUGUUAACUAUAAUUAUAAUUAACAACUAGAAGUUGUUUCUUCUCUCAUAGUAUCAGAUACUCAAGUUGUGUUUCCUUUUUUCCUACCUUUCUUGGCUGCCUUCCUUGAUGUAAAGGCAUUAACAGUCAUAGAUAGAUACAGAUUUCUCCACAAUCAGUUGAAGAGACUACAUGUAUUUCCUUCCUCAAAGUCUCAUGUAUUAGAAUCACCUAGGAUGUCUUAUUUAUUCUUGGGGCCACUCUAGACCUAAUGAAUCAGAAUCUCAGGGUUAGGGCCCAGGUAUCUGUAUUUUAGCAGGUGCUCCUAAUGUUUGAGUCGCUAGCGGAAUGGCAUCAAAUCAAGCUGGUAAGGCUGAGCCAGGAUAUAUCAUUCAGCUAAGCAGGAAGAAGCUGGCAAAUCCAUCUGGGCAAGAAGAAAGAUCCAGAAUCCAGACAGUGAAAGUUAGUGAACUUAGCUCCCCCAUGUAGGAUAGAAUUCUCACAAUGCAGAGGUUCUGAGUCUUCUGCUAUGUUUAGUUCUCUUGAUAGAGAACCAGCCACAAGGAGACCUUAAGGUAGAAUGUACUCGAGAUUCGGGAGGGCAGAGAUGCUAGGACCUUGCUAAUCAAGUGUGGUUUGCAAACCGGAAGGAUCAGCAUCCACUGAAGCUCGUUAAAACUGUAGCAGUUUGCACUCUCUCCUAGAUCUAUUAAAUCUGAAUCUCCUUUUCAGCAAAGUGCCCAGGUGAUUUAUAUGUACUGUGUAGUUUGAGAAAUAUUGUUCUGAGAUUGUUGUACUGUCCUCAACAUGAAUGAGAGAGUGACGAGUCUGUGAUGGUAAAGUUAGUAGUGAGUGUGACCGAUGUUUCCUGACAUGGGACCUCUGCUUAUAAAGCUUCCUGGGCAUGGUGGCCAGAAAAGAGAGGAAGAAGGUAGGAGGAACUUGCCCACUACUUCUCUUCCCCAUUUCGGCAUCUGCUAGUAUGGCUCAUGGGAGUAUUUCCCCAAAGUAUCCCCUCUAGUGCCUCCACCUAAAGGCUUGACAGUGUUCAGAGAACCUUUGAAAAAGUAGGCAAGAACUGCACACUGCCACUGACAUGCUUCUGAUCCUCAUAUUUUGAAGGAAUGAGUUCAUAAGGAGAUGAAACCAAGAAAGUCAAGUCAAUGAUAUUUUUGACUGACUAGUGUUUGCUCAGCUCUACCAGGUUGUGGUGGAGAUGAGUCAGGCUCUCCUCUUACAAGGUGUGUUACUACAUCUGAACAAAAAAGGAAAGUGAAUGCCAAGGAAACUGUACUGGGAAACCUUGGUCUGUUUGUUACUGGAGUAAGGAUUGAGCCAGAUAGUUACUGGAGUAAGGAUUGAGCCAGAUAGUCUGUUAUAUAAUUUCUCUGUUGAUAAGAAUUUGGAAGCAGAUGUUGUGGGCGUCUGUAUGAGGAAUAGCACUCACAGGAUUAUUUUCAUCUGUGAAUAUUCUAGUAUCAGGCUAAUCAAGAGGGAAAGAAGCUUUACUGUAUUACUGUGUUUCCUGGAAAAGAUUGAUUUUUCUCUCUACCCUUUAGAGGAUAUCAAUCAUGAUACCUGCAACCAAAAUAAGCGAACUAUUACUCUGCUUUCUCAUUAAGUAAAUCAUUUUCCAGACACUGUGUAUCACUCUGUCUAGGUAGUGACUUGCUUUUUUCUUUGCUGUUUGAUUUUCUGUCACGCUAAAAAGAAAAUUUAACUGGAAGACAGGUGGGUCCUUCGCUUUUGUCAAAUUUUAAAAGGGACAAUAAUGGGAUUUGAAUUAUUUUAAAUUGUUUUUUCACAGGAAUGGUCAGUGAAUUAUGGUUUACUAUAGAAUUAUGGAAUUUUUAAAGGAACUUAAGAAAUCGAUUCUUAUUUUAAAUAAUGAGGAAACUGAGUCAGUCUUAACCAGGGUGGCAGCUGUGGAAGACGGGGUAGAAUGCAAGUCUACAGUCCGAGGACAGUGUUUUGUUUAGUGUUUUUUUUUCAAUGAAGGCCACAAGCAUGACUGCUUCAUAAAUUCAAGAGUUUUCUAUUGGGAUUACAACAGACACAGGUACUCCGGGCAUGUGACCAUUUCAGAUUAGUGUUCUCAUUGCCCUCCAUCCUGUUUUUCAGAUCUGAAUAUGUCAUGAUUUUGGAAUCUAUUUUUAAAAGCAAACCAAAAAGAUGUAUGCAAGAGAAUGAGCAUGAAAUGAAGCAAUUCAAGUAUUUAGACUUUUUUCCACAAAAUGCUGAGUUAAGGAAGUUCAUUACCAGCAGUUGAGAAUAAAUAGCUCCAUUGAUUUGGGCAAAUGAAUGAGAUGAUCUAAACAUUAUCAGGUCUCUUGAAGUUAGGGUGAUGAUAAAAAUUUAGAUGUUGCACUAGAUACAGAGAAAAAUGGCAUAAAUGGGUCAUUCAUGCUCCUAUAUAAAUGGAGUUUUUUAUGAUCAGGAAACAGCGUGCUAUUGUAAAACUGACUUUGGACUCACACAGACCUCGCUCAAAUUCUACCUCAUUUGCUCAUCAGCAUUUGGUUUGACCUUAGGUACGUUUUAUAACCUUUCUAAGCCCCAGUUUUCUUUCUUCUCAAAAUUGGAAAAAGGCCUCAUUUGUUAAUGAGGAAUGUUUGUGAAAAUAUCUGGCAUCUAGCUGCUCAGUAGAUACUAGUCCUUCUCUCUCCAUUUUUUUUCCCAAAUCCUUGAGAUAAUAUAGGAUAUUGCCAACCAAUCCUCUGACUUGGGUACUUAGCUUUACCCCUAUUCCGAGAGCAUGGAAGAUGAUGAAGAAGGGGACACGUGGCAGUAGAUGACAAUGGAGGAUCAAGGAUCAAGUCUACUGAUUGGGACUCUGAAUCAGUCGAUCACAGUAUUGAGGAUGGUCUCUGCUGAAAUUAAAAUUCUGACAGAACAGGAUAACCAGAGGGAAGACACUGGGUACCAUACGCGUCUGAUGACUUCCGUCAGUUCUGAAUCCUGCACUCCCCCAACCCCAAAUCAUCUCAUUAUUGCAUUUAGUUAGCUCUGUGCCUUUGAAUGGGCUUUUUCCUUUUUAUCUUGCAGUCACUCGAAUGACAUUUUAGAGAUGUUUCUUCAGUUAACAUAUUAAAAAGAUUUUUUAAAAGGCUGACCCUUUUGCAUGAGCCAGAAGAGCAGUUAAAGACAAGCAGUGCCU